AUGCUGAUGUUUCACUUACUGUUUGACUGUGUAGUUGAGGAAGCGGCGGAGUCGACGUCGUCUGGCGAAUGGUAUGUUGCACUCUACGACUUUCAAGCAAUGGAACCAACGGAUCUCGAUCUGCGCGCCGGCGAUCGUAUACUUGUUACUGAGGCAGUGAAUGAGUGGUGGAAGGGGACUUGUAAUGGAAGAACGGGAAUAUUCCCUGCAAACUAUGUUCAAAAAUGUCCACUGACGGGGGAUUCGGCACUGUCAGAAGGUCUGGGAGACCUGGGAACCGGCAAAGCCGUUGCUGAUUUCGAAGCCACUACUGGAAAUCAGUUGUCAUUGAGAAUUGGUGAUGUUGUGAAGGUGCGGAGCAAAUCACCCUCUGGCUGGUGGCAAGGCGAGGUUGUUCUGGAAACGGGCGCGAAGAAAACUGGGUGGUUUCCUGGAGAUUAUGUAGAAAUGGUUGGUGGGCGUGAGCUGCAAGCAGAAGCUUUGUAUGAUUAUCAGGCGCAGCGGGAUGAUGAAUUGUCAUUUAAAACCGGCGACAUCAUAAUCGUGGUUGAUCAGAGCGAUGGUGAAUGGUGGAAGGGCCGGCUGCUGAAAGACAAAAAUGCUGUUGACGCUCUUUUUCCUGGCAACUAUGUGCAGUUGCGGUGA